AUGAAUGUGAACAAAACCGAUGUCUUGGUAGUCGGAGCUGGACCAGCAGGACUCUUCACGGCACUCUUCUUGGCUCGAGCCGGUAUUCACGACGUUACAGUGCUGGAUCGACAUGCUCUUGCUACCCAGAUAGGCCACGCGUCUGGCAUACAUCCAAGAACUCUAGAGAUCUUGCAUACCCUCAAUCUACAUAACGAGCUUAUAAGUGGUAGUGGAGGGGUCGCUGAGACGGCUUUCUGGACAAGAACACAGCGCGAGCAGGAUCUCAAACGAUCGAGUGUCGCUCCAGAGGUUACUACCCAGACUUUCUAUCGUCGUACCAUCAUUCAACACCAAGGUAGAACGGAAAGCAUCUUGAACGAGGAGCUAGCGAAGCGCGGAAUCAAAGUCCAUCGUCCAAAUGAGCUUCUGGAAUAUGAAUACAUCAACGAGGGGCCCGCAGGUUAUCAGAUAUGUGCGUUUGUGAAAGACCAUACGAGUGGACAAGUGAAAAAGUGGCAUUGCAAGUACCUUGUCGGCGCUGACGGGGCGAAGAGCGAUGUACGACAGCUUGCAGGCAUUGGCAACACCGUCAAUGAGACGGAGGCUACGUGGGCAGUGGCAGACGUCGACUGCGAGACUGAUUUUCCGGAUCUUCGACGACGAUGUCCAAUCCGGACUCCUCAUGGCAAUUUGAUGCUUAUACCGUCACCAAAUAAGACCUUGCGGAUCUACAUGCUGCUUUCUAAGCACGACCAACUCGAACUCGAUGAUAGCCGCUUCGACAAGCCAACACAUACAAGCAAUGACCAUCAUGAGACACUGAAUCGGACGACCCUUCUGGAUCUCUUCGAGCGCAAUCUCCCGAGCAUCCUCUUCCCUUACAAGUUGAACAUCAAGCAGGUCCUGUGGAUCAGCAGAUACACCGUCGCGCAACGAGUUACAAAUCGUUUCUUCGACGGCAAAAACCUUGUACUAGUCGGCGAUGCCUGCCACACAAACUCUCCGAAGGCAGGCCAAGGCAUGAACACCGGUGUUCACGACGCUUACAAUCUCGGGUGGAAGUUGGCCUUAGUCCUCCGUGAUCGAGCACAUUCCAGUUUAUUAGAGACAUACAACUUCGAAAGAAGACACAUUGCACUCCAACUGAUCGACUUUGACAAACAAUUUGCAACCUUGUUCGCCGAUCAGAGUCAAAUCGCUCUACCGGAAUUCAGGGAAACAUGGGCUGAGCACAGAGGUUUUGCUAGCGGUCUUUCUCACCAAUAUCCUCCAAGCUCGAUUGUCGAACCUCUUGAAUCUUCCUCAUUCGAGCAACGAAGCAAUGUCAGUGAGCCUCUCAGUCCAGGGAAACGUUUCUUGCCUAUGCGGCUUAUUAGGCACAUCGAUGGCUGGGAGGUGACAUCGCUUGAUGUCAUGCCAUGCAACGGCGAAUUUCACCUGGUAAUCUUUGCUGGUGAUGUCGCCACGGACUCGGGUAAAAUAGCAUUUGAUGCCUUAUACGACAAGCUCACGGCUCCCGAUUCGGCUUUGACAACGUACAACGGCCUUCCUCAUGAGUCCUCUCGAACCGAAGCCCGCGCGGAUCCCAGAGGCCCGGAAUCGAAGACCUGGCCGUGGGAGGACAUCCACACUAACUAUGGUCACGCCGUACCGAGCAACAAGAUCGUAAAUGUGUUUGUUGUGCACACUAGCGAUCACUUCCUGGUAGAAUUAAGGCCGAGAUAUGAAGAGUGGAUGUACAAGUUCUUCGAGGACCGCAACGGUCUAGAACACGAGAGACACGGAAUGAGAGCCGAUCAGACAAAUCCAAGUGUCGUCUUGGUACGGCCAGAUGGCGUUGUUGCGCGACUGUUCUCAUCUCCAACCAAGGUUGAUAAGGAGCUGCAGGAGUACCUUCAACGUGCAGGUAUCAAUCCUCUUGCGAAGGUGUCUCGUCCUAAUGGGUUUGUCGACUAG